UGUAUGGCGCAUUAGGACCACACAUCGUGCCGGAGACGCACCAGGGCUGGUGGGGCUAAUCUCAACUGACACAACACCCCUGGGCCUGGCUGAGACAGACGUCACCCUCCGUCAACACUAGACUGUGAAUGAGUCCCAAAUGGCACCCUAUUCUACUCCCAAAAGAGUGCCAUUUCAGACGGGUCCUGGUCAAAAGUAGUGCACUAUACAGGGAAUAGGAUGCCAUUUCAGGAGCACACUAUCAUCAUCACUGGGCUCGGGGUUUGUUUUGAUCUGAAAUGCCGCUUGUAAUGCUGUGUUGUUUGCCAUGCCCACUUCACACUUGUCAAUUCCAUGUCACAACUUUGCAGAUAUUGGAUGUUGGACAGAUGUAUAAUAUUGUUUUGUUCUUGUGACUGUGUCAAACCUCUGUGACCUUCUUUACUUCUUCCCUACAGCUAGUGACCCCCAUGACACGCGCACACACACACGCACACGUCCUCAUCAACCAAUCACAUCCCUGUAUUGGGAUGUGAGGAAAGGCGAGGAAGAGCCAAGGAUGAAGAAACCUAUAUAUUGGUGGCGCCACUAUUACGUGACACUUCGACAGGGCUGUGUUUUGUGUGUGGACCAACGGCCAUCUUCCUUCUCUGACAUCCAGACGUUGUUUUGUUUUCCAAUAGGAUAGUUGUUGAACAUCCAGUCAACAUCCAGAUUAUCACUGCUGAAUACAGCAUUGAAGGAUACAUUCGGUAUACAGUUUAACCAAUAGGAAAGGUACAGACAGGGGAGAUGCUGUGUUCCCAACUGCAGGUGUUACUGGUGGCUCUAUCUGCCUCAGUGUUUCUGGCGAGGGUCAGCGCCGCUCCACACAGAGACAUGCUAGCUGAACUACUGAGAGCAGAUACAACCAAGGGCAACGAGGAUCUCUCCCGCACCCUCCUGCUGAAGAUGAUGUCGGACCUGAUGAGCACAGCGGUGGGGGAGAACGAGGUCCUACCGGACCUGGAGGAGGCACUCGGGGUGAGGGAGGAGGUGGUGCGCCAGCUACCCCUCUCCCAUCGGGAACGCAAGGCUGGAUGCCGGAACUUCUUUUGGAAGACAUUCACAUCGUGUUAACCUGCCAAGCAGCCUCUUCUUUGUGCUGGAUCAUUUGAAGACAUAUUUCUUGCAAUGUCACAAAUGUAAAAUGACAGCUACUCUUCCUUUUGCACUGUUCAUGAUCAAUUAAAAGGUCUAGAAUGAUGUUGGCAAGUACCGGAUAUGUCUUUUUCAAGGGUUGGUUGUCUAGCAACAAAAGCAACCCGUGCACAACUAUGGGGCAAGCUUAGAUUGUUGACAUGUAAGCUAUAUUUCACCUUUACUGAAAACAAAUACAUUUGCAUAAUGAGUACUUGUCUCUUAAAUACAAUCAGUACAGUUGUUGAUUAGAUAGCUAGCACAUUUUAGCAAUAUUGGCAUGAAAUCAGUCAAGACAUGGUAUCAAACACAAGCCACUUCCCACAUGGCAGGUUCUUUACAUUCUUGCUAGCAGCCAUCCAUAUUCACAACAACGCGCUGGCUUC